AUGGCCUCAUCCCGCCGGGCCCGGCACGCCGGCCCUCCCGAUGGAGGCUGGGGAUGGAUGAUUGUCGCUGGCUGCUUCCUUGUCACCAUCUGCACCAGGGCCGUGACAAGGUGCAUCUCCAUUUUUUUCGUGGAGUUUCAGGCAUACUUUGGGCAGGAUUAUGCCAGAACUGCUUGGAUCCACUCCAUUGUGGACUGUGCUACGAUGCUUUGUGCCCCGCUUGGGAGUUUAAUCAGUAAUCAUGUAUCCUGCCAAGUUGGUAUCAUGCUAGGAGGGCUGCUUGCAUCUACUGGACUAAUUCUGAGCUCAUUCGCCACCAGUCUGGAACAUCUCUACUUAUCAUUAGGAGUCCUCACAGGACUUGGGUUUGCACUUUGUUAUUCUCCAGCCAUUGCGAUGGUGGGCAAAUACUUCAACAAAAGGAAAGCGCUGGCGUAUGGAAUAGCCAUGUCAGGAAGUGGAAUUGGUACCUUCAUCCUGGCCCCUGUGGUCCAGCUCUUAAUUGAGCAGUUUUCCUGGCAAGGAGCUUUGCUCAUCCUGGGAGGUUUUGUACUAAACCUCUGUGUCUGUGGUGCCUUGAUGCGGCCUAUUUCUCUUAAGGAGGAUUGUAAAGCUGCUCCUGAGUUGCUUGAACAGAAUUAUGUCUCUGAAACAGAGAAACAAGACUUAAAGCGAAUGUCCAUCUCUUCACCUUUAAUCAAAUUAUGGCCUCAUGAAUGUUUAUGCUACUGUUCAUGGAAGGAGUAUGACUUUUUGCUGAUGCCAGGCUUCAUGGUGCUGGCAGUGUCAAUUUUAUUUAUGGCAUAUGGCUGCAGCCCUCUUUUUGUCUACCUAGUGCCUUAUGCUUUGAGUGUUGGAGUGAGUCAUCACCAGGCUGCCUUCCUCAUGUCCAUACUUGGUGUCGUAGACAUCAUUGGUAAUAUCACCUUUGGAUGGCUCACAGACAGAAGGUGCCUGAAGAAACAUCGGUACUUUUGCUACCUCUUUGCAGUGGGAAUGGAUGGCCUGUCUUGUCUUUUCCUGCCAGUUCUCCAAAGCUUCCCCUUGCUUGUGCCUUUCUCAUUUACCUUUGGCUACUUUGAUGGAGCCUAUGUAACGCUGAUCCCUGUUGUGACAGCAGAUGCAGUGGGAACUUCUUUGUUAUCAUCAGCACUGGGCGUUGUGUAUUUUCUCCAUGCCAUACCAUAUCUAGUGAGCCCACCUGUGGCAGGCUGGCUUGUGGACACAACUGGCAGCUAUACUGCAUCAUUUCUCCUGUGUGGAUUUUCUAUGAUAUUUAGUUCAGCACUAUUGUGCUUUGCAAGACUAGCAAAGAAAAUCAAAAGAACACAUUUGCCAUCCCUCACUGGUAACACAGCCUUGAAACAGCACAUCUGGACAAAUGGAGCAAUAGCUUAUUCUGUCACAGCAGAAUUAGACCAAAGGGAUGUUGAAUUUUUGGCUGUGGAUACAAACAGCUUCAGCAAGAGGUGACAAGUGCUGUUGUGAUUCAGUAGGGCACAACCUGAGACAGAUGUGGCUCAGUGGUGUUACACUGUUGAAUACACUUCUCCUGUGAAACAAGACCUCUCAAUUAGAUUGUUCUGUCAUGUUUUAGUUGGCUUAAAUCUACAUACAGCAACAGUAAUACCAAGUUAAUGCAGUGAUAGAAGAAAGCUAGACUGAAAAUAGAGUUUGUAGAUACAAGUGUUCACAGAUUUAUUUGAAAUGCAAUGUUGACUCCACAGGGAUCAGUCACCAAAACUGAACAAUAACAUUUACAUUUAAAAAUACUAUUAAUGACCCAAGCUUUUUCAUUUUGUGGUCUAGUAUGUUUCAAUGGACUAAUUAUACACACCAUGAAAAAAUCUCUGCAUUUAUCAGUCUGCAUGAAACUCUUUGCAAAUGAGUGUUUCAAAUGCCAAAGUCAUCUGUUUGUUUUGCUUUUGUUUUGUUUUUGGUUGGAGUUUUUUUUAAGAAAAUCUGGCAGGAAACUGAUUUAUGCUGAAAGUACCUCUGGAGCAGCUUUAAUUUUUACAAUGUGCCUGAACUUUGUACAUACAUUUCAAUUUAAUUUCAAAUAUGGUUUUAGACCUGCUUUCCCACAUGUUCUAUUGUAAAUUUUACUUUUUUCCUUUUUUCUUCUGGAUACCUUUAAAAUUUGAACUUCUAAACAUUGACAUGCAGGGUAUGAUCUUUCAGCUAAUCCUUGUCUUGGAGGGUGGAAAAUGUGUAGUGGUGGCUCUGCUUAUCUGAAGAGGAGUAAAUUUGUACCAUGGGCAUGCUGAUAGACAAAUGUGCUUUAAGUGCAUUAGUGGAAGAAGCCCAAAGGCAGCCCAAGAGACCAGAGAGGCUCCGGUGUUUUCAAACCCAGAGCCUCUUCCUCUUGUAAAAUCAGCACCUAUUGGAGAACUUUAGAGUCCAUGCAACCAGGUGGCUGAGAGAUUGCCCACCCUGGGCUGGUAAUGGAGAAGAUGUUGGCAGAAUUGUUUCUGUGUAUUGCAGGGACAAGUCUGUGUCUUUUCAGACCCAGAAACUGCAUCCUCAGGUGGUGCCAAUUGCUCAUUUGUACCAUCUGAGGAGCUGUCAGGUCACUUCUCCUUGAUGGCCAGAACACAAGAGCUGUGACUCCUGCUGCUUGUGUGAGGAAUAUACUCCAGCUGGCUGCUUCACAGGAGCUAGGGAGUGCAUGUAGCUCAUGGAGUAACUUACUGAUGUGAUGGUCUAAUAAAUACUGUGAUUUUCUACAUUUCCAGAGUGAACACAUUGUCAGCAAUGGAAAACUUCACAUUCCACAAUACAAAUAGUUUCAGUGUUUUAAUGCUGUAUCAAGCUGUAUUCUGUUCAUUAACAAAUUGAUCAGAGUCUAAAUAAUUUUCACUUACACUGAACUAGUAGUUUUGUUAUUCUGCAGUGUGUUCAAUGGCUACUCGUGGUGUCCUUUUCCACUCUGUGCCUUGGAAGUGAAAGCAACAUAGACUGAUAUUUAUCAAUUUGAUUUAAACCAAGACUACAGCCAUAAGAGUACAAUGUAUUUUAUACACACACACACACACACACAUAUAUAUGAAUAGCAUGUGUAUCAAGUAGUUUUGUUAUCCAAGUGUAUU